GUUUGAUAACAUUUUCCUUCAACAACAUUUGUAUUAAUGCAAACAAUUUAAAUCUUCAUUCCGAUAUAACUCAAAAGCAUUAUACUGAAGAAAAAGAUUCAAACAUUAAGGUAAUUUAUGAAGCGCCAAGAUCUCUAUGUUAUGCUAAAGGUCAAGCUAUUGAAUGUUCACCACCGUUUACAAAUAUUGCUGAAAGUGUUGAUAUUAAAGCAACUUCAACUUGUGGUCAGUUCGAUAAGUCAGAAGAAGUAUGUAGAUAUGUUAUGGGGAAUAAAAAAUGUGAGAUAUGUCAUACAGGUGAGGAAUUCGGAACACACUUACUAACUGAUCGACAUCAAAUGAAUAAUGAAACCUGUUGGAUUUCAGGAUCUGUUUUACCAGGUGAUACAGUAAAUUUAACUUUAUCAUUGGGUAAACGUUUUGAAGUUUAUUAUAUCUCUUUGCAACCUUGCGGUCAAUUACCUGAUUCAAUUGCUUUGUACAAGUCAUCUGAUUUCGGUGUAACAUGGAAACCGUGGCAGUAUUUUUCAACUGACUGUUAUCGAGCUUUUCGUUUGCCUACAAGUAAUGAGCACAAUGCACAAAUCUCUUUAGCAAAUAUACAAGAAGUUUUAUGCGUUGCAUUGAAGUUACCGGAUACACAUGAUAAUUCAGGGCAAUCGUCAAAUGUUAUUGCAUUUAGCACAACCAUUGGACGACCAUCGGCGCAACCGUGGAGUUCGGCGUUAAUCGACUGGAUGACUAUGACAGAUUUAAGAAUAAGUCUCAUGCGGUUCCCAGAACAUCGAGAUGAAGUUCAAUAUGAUUCAAGCGAAUUGUUUUUAAACCCAAAUCUUCCGAAACCAUCAAAUGUAUUUCGUGUUAGUGGCAGUCCUGUUAUUGGUGGUUUCGGUAUAAAUCCUGUAUUGUCUGAGGCAGGUGCACUGGAUAUGUCACAACAUCUAUAUCAAUCUGAUAUGCAUUAUUCGAAAACACUGAAGAGUAAAACACCAAUUCAUUUUUCUUUCUCUGAUUUAUCUAUCGGUGGUCGGUGUAAGUGUAAUGGACAUGCUAACCGUUGUAUCAGAGAUCGGAUAGUUGGUACAUCAUCAACUCCAGAUAAUAAUGGUCAAACAAAAUCCCAAUGGGGGCCACUUAGAUGUGAUUGUCAACAUAAUACAGAAGGAGCUGACUGUGAACGUUGUUCGCCUGGUUACCUAGAUAGACCAUGGGCAAGAGGUACUUCUGAAUCGGCUAAUGAAUGUAAACGAUGCGAUUGUAAUCUGCACUCGAACUCAUGCAUAUUUUCAAAUCAGUUAUAUCUGAUGUCGAUGAAAGUAAGUGGUGGCGUAUGUCAAGAUUGUCAACAUAAUACAGUCGGAAGAAGAUGUCAUAACUGUGUAACAGGUUACUAUAGAGAUUGGACAAAGCCUGUUAGCCAUGAUCAAGCCUGUUUGGAAUGCCGAUGUCAUCCGAUCGGAUCAAUUGCUAAUCAGCAUUGUGAUCGUAAAACCGGUCAGUGUCCAUGUAAACCAGGAGUUGUUGGGCAAGCUUGUAAUCGCUGUCAAGAAGGUUAUAAACAAACUCGUUUACCUGAUGCACCAUGUAUUAAAGCCUUGGAACAUUACGCGCACAGAAGAAAAGAGAAUGACCAAACAUCUCAUUCAGUCAAAUCUCAGCUGUCGAAAUCAGAAACCGAUACCAAUUGUCCUCCAUGUGAGCGAAGUAAGAAAAGAAUAAGAUUUAGGAAGUUUUGUCGUUGUGAGGCUGUGUUUCGUGGUAUAGUCAAAUCUCGAACAAUUCAUGGAGAUUUAAUGCGUCUUGAAGUUGGCAUUCAAAACACAUGGCGUAUUACUGGAGCAGCAGAACAUUUAUUACCUAAAACAGCAUCACCGAAUCUUCCAGCUUAUCGAGUUUGGUUACGUCUUAAAAAUAAUUCAGCUGAUAAACGUAAUUCAAAUUGUCUGUGUCCAAACCUUCAAGUUGGUCAAUCAUAUUUAUUCAUAACACGUUCACAUCAGGUCCCAUAUGGAGAUCGAAUGGAGUUAUUACUUGAUGCACACAGUGUAAUACUAAGAUGGAGGGAAUCAUGGAGGAGACGAUUGGCAAAAUUUGUACGCCGUGCUGCACGUGAAUCGUGUGACAGAGAGAAAAAUGCCGUUGUUAUUGAUGAUGAUAACGUUGACGAUAUUAAUAACGAUAAAUUAAAAAGAACUCGUCGAGUACAAAGAUUACGUCUAGGUUCAGACUACCAUUCGUCAAACACACGGAUGAAUCAACAUAAUCCAUUACAAUCUCCUGCUUCAUCAUAUUAUCAUUUGGAUAAGUUAAGGCCAUCUACCAAGUUGAAAAAACAAACCACUCAACCAUCCAUCAUUUCUAACCUACAUAAUUCUAAAGAGGUUAGUCCAAAUUACCCACCUUAUAAGGAUAAAUUUCAAUACGUAGCCAAUAAAAAUAUGUAUUCAUCAGUUUAUUCAAAUCAAUAAAUUUGGGUCAGAAAAAACAUUAAGAUAUGAAAUACUAAUUCAUCAAACAGCAGUAUUUAACAUUGAAAUCUAGCUAGCGAUAUUGGUGUACAGUGUUAAUGCUUUCAUUAUAUAACUUCAUCCCUCUAUAAAAAAAAACAUUGAAUCGAACUAUCAGACAGUAAGCUUUUUUCACUUAAAUUUAUUACAGUUAUAUAUCCAGUAUCUGUUAACAGCAUUAGUU